AUGAUUGUAGAAAAUUAAGCAUUACAAGAACCAAAAUAAUGGGAUUAAUAAACAUAAAAUAAUCUUAAUAGAUUAUUUGAUGAAUUUUUUAUUGAUAAUUUAAAUGAAAAUAUAAGAAAAAGUAGUCUUUAAUUAUUAUGUUCAUUAUGGGUGACAGGAAAUUAUGAAUAAAAGAAAAGCUUCUAUGAUAUAUUAUAUUCAAAAUGCGAUAAUUUAUUAAAUUAUGGCAAAAAUAAUGAAGAAUUUUUCUAGUUAUUUUAAUUCAUGUGCAAUAAAUAAAAUGCGAAUUAAGAAUUUAUAUAAAGUAUUUAAGAUUUAUUUUCUAAAUUGCUUUUAGUAUUUUCAAAUGCUUUAAAUUAAUUGUCUUAGCAUCCUGAUCAUUAACUAUAUUUAUUUUUAGAAGAUAUAGUAGAUGACUAUAAGACAUUUAAGCCAUCAUAUUUUGAAUUAAAUGGAUGUUUAGUAUGUUAUGGAUAAUAUUAACAAAACUUAACAUAAUCAGAUAAAUUAGGUGUAGUUUAAUAAGAAAUACGACCUGCAUAAAAUAGAUUAAUAAUAAAAUUGAAAAAAACAAUGGAAAUUUAAUAAAUAAUAUUGCCAAAAGAUCCUUCAUAUAUAAAAAAUAAGAAAAGCUUUAUAAAAUAAAUAAAUAUUUAUAUCAAUAAUAAUCUAUCUUCAGAUAUGAAUAGUUUAAAAACUGACAUGAAUUUAUGGAAAAAAACCAAAACAGUUAAUAUUACGCAAGAUAAUAAAGAAUAAACUGCAAAAGAUUUUUAAAUAACAUUUCCUAUUCCUAUUACUGCCAAAUUUAUUUGCUUAGAAUUUAUUCUAAAUGGAAAAUUACCACCUUCAUGUUAGAGAUGCCCUGAAGUUAGAGGUGAAGGCUCAGGUCUUUUCUGUAAUUAAUGUUAAUGGAGUCCUUUAAUAUCGGUAGAAAAUUCACAUUUUAUUUAUAAAUCGAAUAGUUUUACUGAAGCAACCAUUAUAGAUUGUGAUAAAUCAAAAGAAAAUUGUGAGAUAGCAAUAUAAGAUAAUAAUAAAAUCAUAUAUGAUCUAUCUUAGGAAUUAUUAAAGGAAAAAUAUAAAAUGAAAAUACUUUAUGAUCGUUAUUAUGGUUCAAAAUGUGUAAAUUCCUCAGGAAUUUUGUUAAAUUCAGAUGAUUUAAACAUUCUUUAUUAAGAUUUAAUGUCUAGUAUGAACGCUCUUAUCUCUUAUAAGAAAGCUUUAGCUUAAUAUAGUGGAAUUUCAACUGAUAAUUUUAAAAAAUAAAUAUUUGGGAAUGAAAAUAAAGAAGGAUUUAGGGGUUGCUAUGGAUGCUUGUAAUAAUUUAUUUACAUUUUUUUAAAUUUUAUGGGUAAUAAAGAUAUUCUAUAAUGUGUAUAGGACGAUAAUUUAAUAAAGAGUUUAAAAAUAACACUUGAAGAAUUAUUUUUGAAAGGAGAAAGUUAAUUUUAAGCAAAAAUUGUACACAAAUCGAUGAAUUUACACAAAAAAAUCUUCUGCGUGAAAUUAAACCAAGAAAGCCUUUUGUAUUUGAACACUUUUUUGGAAAAAACAGAAGAUGAAUUUUUACAUUUAAAACCUUCAUUAAAUGAUUAAGAAUUAAACUUUUACAAAAUAAGGCUUUUAGACGUCAAAAGUUUCCUUCAAGUUUUAAAAGAUUAAAUGUUAGAAGAAGAAAAUGCGAAAAAUAAAUAAUUAAAUAGUUUGAGAUUAAAAAUUAUUAAUUUUGUGAAUAAUGUAAUGCCUUCUAUAUUAUAGAAAGCUUAUGAAAAAAAUCAUUCUUCUGGAUUUUAAAAUUAAAUAAUAGUGCCUUUAUUAGAAAUAAUUUAGUUAGAAAUUAAUAAAGAAAGUCCCUUUAUAUAAAAUAAUGCGUAAAACACUUUAAGUUCUAAUUCACAAUUUUAAUUCGAUAAAACUUUAAGCAAUAUCAAUUAGAGAAACAAAGAUAUUUUAUUAGAAUAAGAAAAAUAAAUUUAAGAAAAGCUUUAAAAAGGACAAUAGUUUAUUUCUCAAAAUUUUGGCUAAAAUUCUUCUUUUAAUAGAUAUAAUUUCAUGCUUUCAUAUAGUGGAUUGGGAGCACUUAUUGGAAAAGAUUCUUAAUAAAGAGAUUCUCUAUCAGGAAUUAUGCAAAGUUAAUAAUAGUCUUAAUUUAAAAAGAAUGCAAAAGAACUUAUUUAAUAAAAGUAGAAAUAAACUUAUAGUUAAUAAAAAUAAGUGAAAAGUUCAACAAAUAAUAAUACCAAAUUAACAUCACAUAAAAAAAAAGAAAAUCUUUUUACAUUACUUAAUAUUAUUAUAGGUCUUAAUUAAGAUUUCGGGGAAUUAACAGAAGAAAGAUGUGAAGUUUUAAGCAAUUAAUUUUAAUUGAGAAAUGAUAACUGGUUAUAAUAAUGCAUAAAGCUCUUUUCUUCGAGAAGAAUUAAUGAAAUUAUGCACUUUAUUAUAGUUCAAAUUGCAUAUUUUAAUAAAAAAAUUGCUUUAAAUUUACUUUUGAAUGCACUCCCAUAAGCUUUAGAAAAUUAAGAAAACUCCAUUAAAUAUUUUGAACUCUUUAGAGAAGUUAUUAAAAUAUAAAAUCUAAGCAAUCAAUAAGAUUAGGUAAUUAAAAAGCUUCCAGGGUUAUCUAUGAUGCAUUAAUAAAGUUCUGAAGAAAGCACACUGUAGAAAAAAGAACUAGAAGAGGAAAACUUACAAGAAGAACAUGAGUAUAUUUUCGUUUUAUAAAAUAUGUUUAAGCUUUUAGACGAAAAAUUAUAAAAAUAUGCAAAAAACGAAUCUUAAUAAGUAAUAUUUGCACAUGAGUUCGUUAUUUAAAAUCUUAAUAUGGGCUAAUCCUUAAAUUAAUUAGCUGUUUUGAUUAAAAUUUUAAUCGAUAAUUAAAAGAUAAAAACUAUUUUUAAAAAUAAUAAUAAGAUCUUUAUGUAAUAUAUUAUAUAAUCUGUUGUUAAUAUUAGAAAGUUUAAAUUUAUUCUUAAUUAAAAUUUCUUCCAAAUUGAAAAUAUACUUUCUACUCUUUUCUUGGAAUUAUAAAGUAAUAAUUUUAUGGAAAAGUUCAAAUUUUUAAAAAGUCUUAUCGUUGCUCUUCCUUCUAAUUCUAAAAAUCCUCUUGGAUAAGAAUUUUUGAUGGAAUAAAUAAACAAAAUCCUAAUUCCUAAAAAGCUAAAUAUUAACCUUAGAUUAGAAGUUUAAGCUAAUUAAAGAGAAUAUCUACCUAGUUCUUUACCUAAAAAAGAUAUUCCAGCCAAUGAAUUUGGUAAUACUAUGAAUGAUAUUCUAUCAAGAAUCAAAUCUGAACUUCCUGAUAGUUCUUGGGUAAUAGAAAUGUUAGUAGCAAAUAAACUUAUAAUUAAUAAAGAUUUGCCUAUCGAUCUUGUAUAUAAAAAAGUUUGGAUUCCCUCAUAAUUAAAAGGUAUUCCUGCAAUUCAAAUCGAUUGGAAAAAGUAAGUAUAAACAAGUGCAAUGAAAAUAGUUUAUAGGAUUACUGGAUUUGAUGGAGAAGCUCAUGAAGAAACAGUUGAUUAAAUGGUAGAUGAGGAUUUAAUUAAAUUGCUUAGCUUUAUCUAAAGUGCUUUUUGA